GCUCUCUACUGCUGAGAGGGAGCGAUGAGACCACGCACGCACCAUCCACGCGAGAUGUCUUCACAUUGAUGCUUUCUUCAAUCGUACACACCGGCAUCGCAUCCAAGCACAUCCAGCUCACCAAUCCACUCUCCCGGACCACGGCUGACUUGCAACAAGGACAGCCCACACUGUUCGGCUCAAAAGGAAACGCACAGCGUUGCACAGCAGAUACGACGCGACUCACGCGUCCUUCCGGCCCUGGAAGGAGACAUCCUCUGCAGCUCUUUGGCGCGCACAUCUCUCCUCGUGAGCGAUUCGAUUCGGUUCCACUUCAAGGGCAGACGCUCGCAGGACAGAUCACCUCGUUGCUGCUGGUAGGCUUUGAGAUUUUGUGCUGAGGCUAUUACAACACGCAAGCGCAGCUGUCGCCAAGAUGGAUCCGCCAAUGGAGUUCCAGCAGGUGCCGGCUGCACAGCCGAUGCUUACGGACGAGAAGAUGGACGCCGUUGACGAGAUCAUUCCCGUCACAAAUCACCGCGCAUUCGCCUCCAAGCAUCUUGCAGAUCUAGGACAGGAGGAGGAGGCAUUCGCAGUGUGUCAUUGGGACGUGUCGGGAUGGGCAGCGCUGGACAAGCGCAUGACCGGUCCAGAGUUCGAAUGCGGCGGGCACAAAUGGCGGAUCCUUCUCUUUCCCUUCGGUAACUCGAAUGGGCAACCAAACGAUAUGGUCUCGGUUUAUCUCGAUUAUGCCGAUCCAAAAGGAAGCCCGGAAGGAUGGCACGUCUGCGCUCAAUUUGCUCUCGUCAUCUCCAACCCGAACGAUCCGACAAUCUUUUCUAGCAGUCAGGCGCACCAUCGGUUCACACUGGAGGAGAUGGAUUGGGGGUUCACUCGCUUCAAUGAGCUUCGCAAGUUGACAUCCGUCGGCGAGGGGCGGACACGACCCAUCAUCGAAAACCAAUCGGCCAGAAUCAGUGCUUUCGUACGCGUACUCAAAGACCCAACUGGCGUGUUAUGGCACAACUUUAUCAACUAUGACUCGAAAAGAGAAACCGGCUACGUCGGCCUUAAGAACCAAGGCGCCACCUGCUACAUGAACUCACUUUUACAAUCUCUUUUCUGCACCAAUCUCUUCCGCAAAGCCGUCUAUCAGAUCCCUACGGAGGGUGACACGCCCUCGGAAAGCGUCGCGCUCGCGCUGCAGCGCGUCUUUUACUUGCUGCAAACAUCAGAUCAACCGGUGGGCACCAACGAGCUGACGAAGAGUUUUGGCUGGAAGUCGCUCGACAGCUUCCUUCAGCAUGACGUGCAGGAGUUCAAUCGCGUGUUGCAGGAGAAGCUUGAGACCAAGAUGAAAGGCACUGCAGCGGAUGGUGCGAUCGGCCGGCUCUUCGUCGGCAGGAUGAAGAGCUAUCUCCGUUGCGUCAAUGUCGACUACGAAUCUAGUCGCUCCGAGGACUUUUACGACAUCCAGCUCAACGUCAAGGGCAUGGCAAACCUGCAAGAGUCGUUCCGGGAUUACAUCCAGGUCGAGAUGCUGGAAGGCGACAACAAAUACCAAGCAGAGGGGUAUGGCCUGCAGGAUGCCAAGAAGGGUGUCAUUUUUGAGAAGUUCCCGCCUGUGCUUCAUCUGCAACUGAAGCGGUUCGAGUAUGACAUCGAAAAGGAUGCCAUGGUGAAGAUCAACGACCGACACGAGUUCCCCUUCGAGAUUGACCUCAAAGAAUACCUCGAUCCCAGCUCACCUGAGCGCGACCAGUCUUGGCGCUAUCGGCUGCACGGCGUCCUCGUCCACUCGGGUGAUCUGCACGGCGGUCACUACUUUGCGCUGAUCAAGCCCGAGAAGGAUGGGAGGUGGUUUAAGUUCGACGAUGAUCGCGUCACCCCAGUGACGGACAAGGAGGUGCUGGAGGACAACUAUGGCGGAGAGAUCCCCAACGGACACCUCGGUGGCCAGGUGGGUGCGCGCGCGCCCGUCCGGGCGAUGAAGCGUUUCACCAAUGCGUACAUGCUAGUAUAUGUCCGCGACCCCGAGGUCGAUACUGUCCUGAAGCCCUUCACGCCGGACGACACACCCCCGCACCUCCGUCAGAGGCUCGAGGAGGAGCGGCAGCAGCUCGAGACGAGAAGAAGGGAGCGCGAGGAGCAGCAUCUUUACCUCACCGUCAAGCUUGUCACAGAGGACACAUUCCGCACACACCAAGGCUUCGAUUUGGCGACAUUUGAGGAGCGCAACUUGCCGGCCACGGAUCUGCCGUCGUUCCGUGUCAAGAAAGACGAGCCGUUCAUCACCUUCAAGGCAAAGGUGGCGCAGCAGUACAAGCUGCCGGAGAAGGACAUCCGACUCUGGGUCCUCGUCAACAGGCAGAACAAGACCGUGCGCCCUGACACGGUCGUCCCCGAGAACGAUCCGAUUUUGACGCUGGAGAUGGUGCGCGAGAAGAUGGCUUCGAGGCAGAAUGACUUGCGGCUCUACCUUGAAACGGACACGCACACAGCACCACAGCCGGACGCUGGGCAGCCGCAGCAAGGGCAGACGACGUCUAUGAUCUUCCUCAAGUACUUUGACGUCUCACGGCAGACCCUGACAGGUGUUGGGCGCGUCUUCAUUCACAGCAACCAGAAGGUCGGGGACCUAGUUCCAACGAUCAACGAGCUGAUGCGCUGGCCGCCAACGACAACAGUCCGCCUUUAUGAGGAGAUCAAGCCGGGUAUGAUCGAGCAGAUGAAGCUCAAGGCCACCUUUGGGCAGAGCGAGAUUCAGGACGGCGACAUUAUCUGCUUCCAGAUGGAGAUUUCGGACCGCGACGCGCAUGACUUUGAGGCGCAGUCGAUGUAUUCGAAUCCGAUGCAGUUCUACGACUUCCUGCAGAACCAGAUCAAGGUGCUCUUCAAACCACGAUAUGAUGAUGUCGACUACAAGCAGGAGUUCGAGGUCACGCUAUCCAAGAAGAUGACAUACGAUAUGAUGGCGGCCAAAGCAGGCGAACGCUUAAAGCACGAUCCACUCAAGAUCCGCUUCGUCACAGCAAACGGGCCCAAUGGCGCACCGAAGACUGUUCUCAAGCGGACAGCGAACCAAACCGUCAACGAGAUCGUCUCGCCAAGCUAUCUGCAGGGCCAGGCGUCGCUUCUGUACUACGAGCUGCUUGAUGUCAGCAUCGUCGAGCUCGAAGUGAAGCGCAGCCUGAAGAUCUACUGGUGCGGCGCGAACAACAAGGAGGAGUCCGUGCAUCCAUUCUUGCUGCAUAAGACGACACCUGUCAACGAGCUGGUGGACCACCUCGCCAAGGUUGUCAAGUUGACGCCCGAGGGUUCGCAGCGAAUCCGCAUUUUCGAAGUGACACCGAGCGGGAAGCAGCAGAAGGAAUUCACCGGCAUGGAUAUGAUCGGCAACAUUGCCGAGUCAACCGAGCUGUUUGGUGAGGAGAUCCCACUUGAGGAGAUCAACAUCUCGGACGAGGACAAGGUUAUCAACGUCUUCCACUUCACCAAGGAAGUGCAUCGGGUGCAUGGCAUUCCUUUCAAGUUUGUCGUCAAGAAGGGCGAGCGCUUUGCAGACACCAAGAAGCGGCUGCAAACCCAUCUAGCGGUGAACGAGAAGGACUUCGCCAAGUUCCGUUUCGCGCUUGUUCAGUCGUCGACGUACAAGCAGCCCUCAUAUAUUGAAGAUGCAGAUGUCUUGUACGACCAUCGCUUCUCGGUGGACGACGUUCUGGGUCUCGACCACCCCGACCGCUCAGGGCGAACAGGCAGGAUAGGCGCGCAGAAGCAGGACAACGGCAUCCGAAUUCGCAAUUGAAUAGACGUACCGACCACAGCAGGUGUUGUGUGACAUCAGAGAGGGUCCCUCAUUUCCCCUGACUUGCUUUCUCAUCCGCGCCUGGCCCCGCGCGGCACCUCCUUUCAUUCGUCUUGUUGACGCCACAUGCCGCACUCCCACCAAGCAAAAAGCGCGCCCUGCACUGUUAUAUCUUUUCCCACCAACAACCCUGUAUUCUGAAAUUGUCCGCAAUCGAGCGGUUGUGAGAGGAGC